CAACGUGGAGGGUGGACGGAGGUCGAGAGUCGCGGGCUGCCUCACUCUGCGGCUCCCGCCGCUCGGGAGCAGACACGCGGGGCCAAAGACUAAUUUGAACUAUUUUAUUAACAAAAACAAUACAUAUUUGUAAAUAACACCACUAACAACUGUAAACACGAAACAGCAACAACACAUUUCUCCUAUAAGGACUCUCUUUAAAACUUACCUUACACCGUAAGACAACCGCCUGUAAAAAAAAAAAAAGGAGGGUAAAGAAGGGAAGGAAGGCACACACGAAGUGAACGAGAGCGCGUGGCCGGAGAGAGAGAGAGAGAGAGAGAGAGAGAGAGAGAGAGAGAGAGAGAGAGAAAGCGAAAGCGAGUGAGUGAGAAAGCGAGAGAGAAAGGGAGAGGGAGACGUACGAGGUAAUUCCAUUUCCGGUUUCUUUUUUCCAAAGCAAACGUGUUUGCAACACACGCACACACAAGCAGUACACAGUAAACAAGAAACAAGCUACAAAAGAGUCGAACGAUAGAAAAGUCUAUUUUCUGAAGUUAUUCCUCGUUCGAACGGGUGCACGACGCGGCUGCAAGUGAGGAGGAUGAGGGGGUGAGAAUACAAACGUGAGAAAGGGGAUAGAGAAAAAAAUCGACAAGCGAGAUCGUAAAAUAGCGCGCGUCGGCCGCCACGGGACGGGAUAAUCGCAUUUUAAGUUGUUUCUGUACUCUGUGUGACCCUUACAUUAUUUUGUCCCUCCGAUGGGGACGGGUUCAGUGUUGUAACUUAGGAUAUAAGAAGACUAAAAAGAGCUCCGGAGCGCACAACAAAAAGAGAGAGCAAGGAGAAAUUGGAAUUCUGGAAGAAAUAAGAAGAGAGAGAUAUAUAAGAAAAAAAAGAGUGUGUGGUAGUGACCGGAAACGCGCCCACAUCAGGGAACGUUCAUGAAAACGAGAGAAGAGAAUCCGGAUCAAGAGUGAGAGCAAUCAACGAUUAAGGGAGAGAGCAGGAAACGACGAGAAGAAGGAAGAUUCACGAAGAGGGAUAGCUCCGGGCGUCGUAUAGAGAAAACAAUGGAGCUCCAAUUUUUUAUACUAGAAGAAGAAUCUAAUAAAAAAGCGUGAGAGAGAGAACGAAAAUCGAGAAAAGAAGGACGAAGAAUCGAUCCUGUUUGUGUUUCCGCAUUGUACUUUCACGUGUAUCCUUUGGUAAUUGCGAGAACUUUAAUCCUUGAUACCUUUGAAAUUUGUCGUGCGAAGGGGACAAAAGGCGUCAGAGGGAUCCAGAAGACUGAUCGGAAUCGCGGCACGUUUAUGACACCGUUGAUCAAUCCAUAUCCGAUUUGAAAUCACGUAAUCCGACUCGCGUGCACGCUCCUUUGGGAGGAUAUGUCUUACCGUUCCAGUGGGAAUUGUCAUUCGGGAGAACAAUCUUCACAACGUCAAGGACAACGUCGAUCCGAGUGCCAGAGUUCUUACGUCCUGGAUCCCGCGACCGUCAAGCUGUCCUGACGAAAAGAGGACCGUCCCCUCAGAUCAUCCCGAUCGAAGAAGCGCAAUCAUCGGCAAACGGCCGUCAUAUCAGGUACGCGAUCGACCAUCAAGCACAGCGUGGAGCCGCCGCCAAGAAGAGUCCGUUCAGGAAUGCCCGCCAGGGCCCAGCCACGCUCCCGUCUCCCCUACGUUCAAGGACGAUGACGAUCGGCCACGGCGAUCGGUAAGAUCCGAGCAGCGCGAACACGCGCCACCACCACGGAGAUGGCGGGCUACAAUCAUUCGAAUCCACAGCGUGUCGUCUACCAUACGACCUACCCGACGCCCCUCGCUCCAAACGGCGACCCGAUAAAGCUUCCCGAAAAUCUGGAAACCUUGCCGCGAGCUGAACACUUUCCAACUCAGAGGCAUCGAUGGAACACCAAUGAGGAAAUCGCCGCCAUUCUGAUCAGUUUUCAGAGACACACCGAAUGGCAAAGUCGGGAGGUGAAAGUACGACCACGAAGUGGUUCGAUGUUACUGUACUCGAGAAAGAAAGUACGCUAUCGGCGAGAUGGUUACUGCUGGAAAAAGAGAAAAGACGGAAAAACUACACGGGAGGAUCACAUGAAACUGAAGGUCCAGGGAGUCGAGUGCAUCUACGGCUGUUACGUGCACUCGGCUAUCCUUCCGACGUUUCAUCGCCGGUGUUACUGGCUACUACAGAAUCCGGACGUUGUUCUCGUUCAUUAUCUGAACGUUCCUUAUCCGGACGGCGAUGCGAAGCUGGCGGCCCUGCCACCCUGUCUCGCACUUCCGCCAGACAAGAAGGAAUGGACGCGCGACGAGCUUGCGUCGCAAUUAAGGCCCAUGUUCCUCGGUGGAGAUGAUGAUCCAAACAAUCCUCAUCUCACGCAGCACUCGAACCAUCCCGUCGACAUGAUAGUCUCUCAACUGCUCGACAGGCAGAGGGCAUCCUCCACUUCCUCCACCAGCAGCACUCAACUCGCACCUAGGAGACUUACGCCCGACAAUCAGGUCUCUUCGACAACGGGAGGUCAGCAAUCGUCGACGACAGCGACUCCGGCUCCCCGUGUGUAUUCAAGACAUUCCCAUUCCACUCAGAGCCAACAGCCGGCUCCUUUAGUUUUAAGUUUGCAACAAAUCCAAGGCGGUGGUGGUCUUCUGAUACUCAACAGUCAACCAUAUCAUCAUCAGCAGCAGCAGCAGCAGCAGCAGCAGCAGCAACCGCAGCAGCAGCAGCAGCCGCAACAACAACAGCAGCAGCAACAGUCGCAACAGCAGCAGCAGCCGCAACAGCAGAAUCAGCAGGUAGAGAUGCAACAGAUCACGGAGCAACAACUCGUGCCACAGACCAGCGUAGAUCGAGAGCAGCAGACGCAACAAGAGAUCGAGGCACAGGAGAACAUGGACAGAUCCGCCGUUCAGUCUCUACCGAUCGGCGGUUCCGGCUCCGAGGUGACCGAUUUCGCCGAAACGUUGGAUCUGAGUCAGGAGGACAUUCAAAAGACAUUGUCCGCUAAUAUGGUGCCUCCGUCACCGUCGCCGUCACCGGCGGACAAUAGCAUGAUUAAUCCGAUGGAUUUCAUCGACUCGUCAGACGAUGUGCUGGUUAAUUUAGACGCGUUCGACGUGUUCGGUGAUUUGCCGGAGCUGCACGACUUUGAGGCCGAUCAAACGAAGCACGAGGAACAGCGAGGUCCCGAGAAUGACGUCGGAUGUCAUCCUGGUACAACCGUCCAUAUUGCAGAGUAUAGUCCUGAAUGGAGUUACACCGAGGGUGGUGUAAAAGUAUUAGUUGCUGGUCCAUGGACCGGCGGUAGUGGUUCUCAAUCGUAUUCGGUACUUUUCGACGCGGAGCCGGUUGAGGCGUGCCUCGUGCAACCAGGUGUACUGCGCUGUCGAUGUCCCGCGCACGCACCAGGAAUAGCGUCCCUUCAGGUGGCGUGCGACGGUUUCGUCGUGUCCGAUAGCGUUGCCUUCGAAUAUCGUAGAGCGCCGACGAGCGAACCUAGUCCAGAGAAAGCACUGCUGGACCGCCUUGCGGAUGUGGAGGCCCGUUUGCAGGGCCCCGGUCCGCCGUCUCCCGCAGCACAUCUGGAAGAGCGACUGGUUGCUUAUUGCCAGGAUGCUGUUGUCCGUCCUUGGCGAGCUGGAGCGGAACCUCUUCAAUCCGGUGGGCCUACCCUUCUGCAUCUGGCAGCCGGAUUGGGAUACUCCAGGUUAGCCUGUGCACUCCUUCAUUGGAGAGCGGAAAAUCCUAGUAGCGUUUUGGAUGCGGAGGUCGAUGCUCUCAGGCAGGAUAGCGCCGGUCUCACGCCGCUUGCUUGGGCUUGCGCGGCAGGACAUGCCGAUACCGCCAGGAUUCUUUAUAGAUGGAACGCUAUGGCGCUUCGCGUGAGGGACUGUCAAAAUAGAACGGCGACCGAAUUGGCCGCAGAAAAUGGCCACGCGGCAAUUGCCGAAGAACUGAAUCAACUCGAAGCCCGAAGGCAAGACGAGAGGCUGUUCUUGCGACCCGCCAGCCCUAGCCCCAGGAGGCCAUCUCAAGACAGCGGUCUCGAUCUGGCGUUGUGUGGCUCGCCGCUGCUGGACAACAUGGAAUUGUUGCAAGAAGAUGAGUCGUCGUUAGGCCUCAGCGAACAGGGAAUGGAGAGCGCUCCGACCCCUCAGGAGACCGUAGGGGAGGAAGACGCGAGGGUGCUGACAUUGGCAGAGCAAAUUAUAGCGGCGCUACCGGAAAGGAUCAAGAGGGCGGAGGGUGAUUCUCCGUCUUCUUCCUCGCCACCGCCACUCACGGCACCUCUGUCACCCUUGGAAGACGCUCUGAUGGAACAAAUGCCUCUCGACUCCGGAGAACUGUUCGACUCGUAUCGCGACUGCAACGGCGGCGCCGCGUCGAUCUCGGACGCCGACGCCGACGCCAGUCCCUCGAGUCCCUCCAGCAGUUGCCUGACGCCGGACUCGCCGUCCCCGCCGCCCACCACGGCCGAUUUCUGCGAGUUUCUGCAGCUGCAGCUGCAUCUCGACGGCAACGGCAAUGCUCACAACGGUCAUUCAUUCUAUUCGCCGAAUAGCGGAGAGCGCAGAUUGAACGGCAUGAUCGGAUCCGGCGCCUUAUCAGCUACGAGCGACGGCGGUAGCGAGGCGGAUCUGAGCAGAUUGACGCUGUCAGAUCGCGAGCAACGGGAGCUCUAUCACGCUGCCAGGAUGAUCCAGAAGGCGUAUAGAAACUACAAGGGUCGACAGAGGCAAGAGGAAGCCGAGAGACACGCCGCCGUUUUGAUCCAACAAUAUUAUCGUCGUCAUAAACAGUACGCUUAUCACAGGCAAGCGACGAAAGCGGCUCUGGUGAUUCAGAACAACUAUCGAAAUUAUCGCGCGCGGCCAGGCUCAACUAGCAUGAGGCAACAGGCGGUCCAUCAGCAGGCGGCUCAUCAAGCCGCGCGGAAAAUCCAGCAGUUCAUGCGGCAAUCCAAAAUCAAACUGCAGAACGCCAGGGCCGUCGCAAACGGGAACGGGAGGCCGCCAGCGGUCACUUCACGGGCGGCUGCUGUCCCCCAAAGCUCGCCCUCAUCUAGCCCAGGGGCCAGCCUAGUAGCCGCCAGCCAGGGGGUCACCUAGUUGACUGUCGAUCCAACAGCGCGCAGAAUGGCGACGACAGUUCGAUAGCAAAGUAACAUAUAUACGGCCGGUGGUGAGGAGAGAAAGGGAGAAAGAGAGCGUUGAUGAACGACGUCGACCUGAAACGCGGACGUCGCGACGCUCUGAGGUGGAGCAUACCUCAUUCUACGAUCUCGAUGCGCGAGAUCGUUAGCGACAAUUACGACUACAUAAAACUAAUAGAAAAAGGGUACCAGACGCUCACGAUGAUACGGAUGAUAUACGCUUUAUUCUCUGCGUCUCUGAUUUGCGUACCCGGGGUGGUUGACUUAUCUAUCUAUCUAUCUAUCUAUCUAUCUAUCUAUCUAUCUAUCUAUCUAUCUAAAGUCUUAUCUCAUAUAGUUUUGAUUAUCUUUCGUCCCUCACACUGAUGAGUUAAGCACCUGGAGCACCGCGUAUAUCCUUGACCGCUCGUUCGUUUCGCUUGUAUGUACCUUUACUACUACCGCAUUUUCUCCACGCGUUCUUGUAUCCUCCUCCGAUCGACACGAGCCAGUAUUGGAAUAGCGUCGGAUCAGAUGAACUUAUUGCGGAAUGGAUUUGCUAAAAAUCCGCGCGUGAUCGAUCGACUCGAGAAGCAUGCUUAUAAGAUAUACGGUUUUUUAUCUUCUGCUUGUAACUAAGAUUAUCUAGCGUGUCGCGGCUUUCCACGACGAGAAGUACGUCCGGCACGUACGUUGACUCUUUGCGAACAGCAUUGUAGUCGACGAACCGUUCCCGUGAUAUUUUAUUGGCAUAUGAUGUGUGUAUCGAGCUGAAUCGCACAAAAUCGUUGUCGCUUUUGUAGACUCAGAUAGCUCUCGCGAGCUUCUUGCCACUGGCAGACUCUAUCAAUCCUAGAUCUUUCUGAAAUGAAAUAUUUCUUCGCGACACACGAGGCUCUUUGCAGCUAUCGACAUAUUUCUUCUUUAACGACACAUUAGUCGACAAAUUCGAAAUCUUUCUGGGAAUAAAGAAUGCAUAAAUUUUGAUCGAAUUUUGUAUGUUUACAGUUCUAAAUGUCGCGCUCGUUCUAUAUUGCAAUUUACAUUGAAUCCGUAUUAAAAAAUUAGAUUAAUCAAUCUCAAUACAUUAUCGUAAUUUUUACAUUACAAGUAAAUAUACAUAAAUACUUGAAAAAUAAGGACAAUCAGUUUGUUUUUUGCCUGAAAAAUUUUAUACUGUUUACGUCGGCGUAGUUUUAUCACGAAGAAAUAUUCAAGCGAAGAUUAUUAUAUUUAUUUUUUUGAUGCGAUGGCAUCUACCGAUUAUUUAUGUAAUUUCAUUUACAAUUAAGGAACAGUUAAUCUUCUCUUCUCUUUUUUUUUUUUACUUACUCGUUUAUCAAUUCUUAUUCCCGAAUUUAUCAUAAUUGAUUUAGACAAAGCUGUGGCUAGGAUGGUAUUGACGAAAAAUAGAGUUUAGAAAAAAAAGAAAAUAGAGUGAGCUUAAAGUUCUCCGAACUUAUUUUAUAUAUACGUUUAUUCGCAAGUUAGGCUUCGGAGUCAGUUGAUGUUAAUGAAUGUCGAUUGACAGAUGAUUGAGCGAAUAAAUCGACAACAUGAAAUCGAUUUUAGAGAUACUAAUGGAUUAUAUUUUAGCGACGAAUAAAAUAAGACAAAUGCAGGAAAAGUUAAAAAUUUGAGUAUUUGGUAUGAAUUGGAACACAAUUAAAGUAUUGAUGUUUCGCAAGAGGGUUUUGAUUUUCGAUCGGUAUUAUUGUUUGCGUCCAUUUUUUAUAUUUUUACGAGGGAUGUAGUAAUUAAAUUUAUAAGUAUUUCACACGAAGCUGAACAUUGCAUUUUUCUUAUCGUUCAGCUGUAUCGUAAUCGUGAUAUGAUAUGCAGUGUCGAUAAUCCAUUGUACAUAUUAAAUUUAAUGCGAGACUACUGACAUUCAUUGCGUCGCAGAAAACCGGUAUCUUUCGUGUACGAAAAUCAUUUUGCUCGAGAGAUGAAAAAAUGAAUGAGAAAGAUUAUACUUUGAUUUUAGAUAAUUUUAGGAAAAGAGCGAGAGGAGAAGGGGGAGAAACGGGGACGAGGAGAAAGCGGCAAUACACGAACGAGGUAGCUACUAGAAGGCGAAUGGGAGGGGAGGGAGAAGAAUUGAAACAAAAGAAAAUAGGAAAAAGAGAAAAAAAAAUAGAACAUGCUCUUUGUCCAAAGGGCGCAACUUCAUCCACGGGCUGUGCUAGUCACAGUAUAAUCAACUUUGUAGAGUUACUUUAUAGAAUGUAAGUUAGUCGAUUACACAUUGUUACAAAAACUACCUACCGUUUUCUCUCUCCGAUAGGGGAUUUUUUUAAAGAUUCUCUAGCAUAAAAUAAUUAGCGAUUAAUUAAGGACGUAGUUGAUUGCGGACGCGCGAAGGGUGGCGCACAAGCCGCGGUCUUGUCCCGCGUUCAAAUCUUUGAUCGAGAGGACAAACGUUUAUUGUGAUAAAUUAAUGGUGAUCCAAGAAAGUAUUUCCGCGCAAUUGGGGGGAGAGGAAGAAACAGAUAGAAGAGAGAGAGAGAGAGAAAAAAAAAGAAAACAAACGUGUCCCACAUAGGUACGUCUCCGUGUGUAUGCACGCGACAAUUUUCGCUGAGAUACGUGAGACGGAGAUAGACAGACAGACAGAGAGAUCCGAAGAGUUAAAUAUAAAUCAAGAUAAAUCGAGUGAUUAUCGCCGCGAUAUCUGUCAGGGAAGUUAUGUGUCGAUACUAUGCGCGUCGCAAAUGUAAAGAGUAUAUUACUGUGAAUUGCCGAAAAUUCUCCGGGAGAGUAAUUAAUCCAUAUCGAGCCUCUCCUCUUGGGAUAUAUUACGCAGAAACACAGCAGGUUGUGAGAUUUAAUAGUGCGACGUAAGUGCAAAGCGCGCGAGGCGGGAUAUUAUUGCAAUAUAUAUAAAUAUAUAUAUAUAUAUAUAUAUAUAUAUAUAUAUUUAUUAACAUAUAUAUUGUACACACGAGUCAAUUCCAACGAGCAUUUUCAUGCCAUUAAGCUUAAAAAGUUAUUAGUUAUUAAAAUGAUGCGAGAGGCGUGCGCGCGGAAAGGAAGAGAGGAAAGCGGGGAAGGGAGAGAGGAGGAAAGCAUAACAAAUUCUUACACUCUUUUAAUCAUUGUUAAUUAAUUAAAAUAAUCACGAUCCUAUCGAAAUACUUAAACAAAAAUGAAUAAAAUAAUAUAAUUAUUAUACACACAAAACUAUUAUUAUAUAUAUAUAUAUAUA